CUCUGAUUAAUUUUGUCCCAUUGGAAAUGACAGGCUGUGGUCUAUCUUGGGUUACUUAUAAAAAUCUUUGGUUUAAGUGCCUGCAAAAAAUAUGCCAUUAUUAUUUCUCUCUAUAGGCGCUAAAGCGGCUAGAUCGUGCACUUCCGGAAACACCAGGAUGUUCUUCUGUCCAGGAAAAGCGUGAAAACAUCUACAACCUGUGCGAACAACGUAACGUGUAGCUAUUUAUGAAUUUAUAGGCGUUCCAGUUAAUCAGCGAGAUGAUUUGGAGUGUGCGGUAGCUGUUUACAUUUCCAUUAUCCUCGCUCUUUGGUCACGUUUGUGUAUGUUGCACUAACUCGCUGUAUUAUUGAGAGGCCCUGGAGAAGGAGUGGCCUGAGGUCAAGCCCUAAAGCACCAGAGCCUGGUCAUGAUGGACCAUAAGAGAGCACUAACCAUUUCACUGGCCGUUGACAAGGUGGAUAACUCUCAAAUGGGAAGUCCACUAAAAAUUCCCAAGAUCCUUCUUUCUUCAGAGUUGAGAUGUGGGAAUGAAGAGUCACAGAUUCACUGGACCCAGAUUGCUGGAAACAGAAUCAAACUCCAAAGGUCUUGUCAGCAGAAUGGAUCCAUCUCUUUGGAUCACGGCCAAGCGGCUUUAGCCCAAGGGGAAAUGGACUGCACGCAGCUCCAGUUGGUCCUCAGGGACGUCCUGAAGACGGAACCUGGGCAGGCCUACCUGGACAGGAAGAUGCGUAGCAAGAUGACAGGAAUUGAAGAGAGGAAGAGAGAGUCACGGAUGGGGAGCGGGCAAAGGAGGGUGUCUCAGAGCAGCAGAGAAGGGAGGGAGGAUUGUAGAGAUUUUACAGGACACAGAAAGAGACCCCAUGACCACCCCACUCCCACCUCGACCCCGACCCGCAAGGAAAGGAGGUCACACCACAGAGGGGGGUCAGAGGAAGACGAGGAGGUGAAGGAACUUUUAACAGGAGAGGGAAACAUCAAAGACCAGAGAUGCAACAGUAGUGUGUCAGGGAGGCACAGUUCACGGGAACCCCUGGAGGAGGUGACCUUUACCGAGGGGGACAUGCACCAGGAAAAGCCUUAUCCACAAUCCACCAGGACUAGGAAGGUAGAUUCAGGUUCAAGCGAAUCCACACAUGUUGAGAGGGAGAGUCGGAGGAGGGAGUCUGGGCUCUACAGUAAUGAACGGGUGAAGGAUGGAGGGAUGAAUGAUGAAGUGGCGGAGGGCUUGACCACAGACGCCUCCAGGAGCUCCAGAGGGAGCGUGCUGCGCCUCUCCAGGGAGGCCAGAGGCAAGGGAGGACAGCUUUGUUUGGAGGGCACGGGGGGCAUAGACACUAAUGUAGCAUCCAUAGAAGUAGAGGUGGACCCCUCAAACUUUGACAGGACCCUGAUGGUAGUCACUGUGGGGGAAGACAGGGAAGUUGCCAGCCCCUCUAACCCCAGCUGUGGAGGGGUUAAGGAGAGGAGAGAAACCCUGAGGAUGUGCCUGUCCUCCAGCCAGGAUAGGACGCCCAAACUCAGGCCUGUUGAACCCAUCGUUCUCUCCAGUGAUGAGGAGGUAGUCACCCCGUCCCACAGUUCAGUCCUUUGGCCACAGACUAGUGAGUGUGAGUCCCAGAGAAACCAUGCUCAAGAAGACAACGUGAUGGAAGAGACAGACUUUCAGGUGAUGCCUGUGGUGGUGACAGGGUUUGGGGUGGCCAAUUUCCCCAGCACUGAGGACUCUGAGGGUAUGGCACUACCCUUCUCUGCCCUGCACUGUGGGGGGGUCCGAGGGGAGGCCAGCGGAAACCUCAUGAUCACAAACCACAGAAUCAUCAUACCAAUUAAAGGCCAGGUAGAGGUGAUGGUGACUGUGGAGCGCUGUCAGCUGUGGAAGUACAGCGUCUGGGACAGGGAGGAGCUACAGGAGAGAGGGCUGGGGUGUGAGGUCAAGGGAGAGAUGGGGCCUCCCCCCGCCCUCCUCCUCCUCUAUGUGUCAGACGCCCAGGCAGUCGCUGUCCAAGAAGACCUGAGGGAGCUGUCAAUCAAACAGGCCUUAGAACCACCCACUGGCCAGGCCAGUCCCUUCCUCCUGCUGACUCUGCAUUCCCCUCUGGAGGGGGUGGAGGGGGCUCUACUUCGCUCCAUCCUCGACAUCAUCUGUCUCAACAACGCCCCGCACAUGGACGCUGCAUGUCUCUGGGGGAACGCUCCCAUCAACGGAGCGGUGGACCUCCACAGUCCCCUCCUGUCAUUGGAUGACAGUCUGGCGGUGAUCGGUAGAACCGGACUAGACCACCAGCUGCUCUCCCUACUGGGACAUUACAAUGCCGAGCCUGUCACAGAACCCGACCAGGACAGAGACACACCUGGGCCAAAUCUGGACACUGUGGAGGGAGAGUCACAGACACCACCAGAGACAGAGGUACAGGCAGAGCAACAGACAGAGGAGGAGGAGCAGAGUGAGGCAGAGAGCUUACCCCUCGCUGAGGAGAGUCCAGUCCAGCCCAGACCCGUGUACACAGUGUGUCACAGCAGAACCAGAGGCGCCUACUCUGUGUUCCUGGACCCGAAGCCAGGCUCCAACUGGACCCGAUACAAGCACCAGGGCCCCACACGCAGGUUGAUCCAGUUUCCUCCACCGCCUUCCAAAGGAGGGAUCGCCGUGACAACAGAAGAUCUGGAGUGCCUUGACAACGGGCAGUUUCUGAAUGAUGUCAUCAUCGACUUCUACCUCAAGUAUCUGCUUCUGGAGAGGGUUCCGCAGGAUGUGGCUGAUCGCUCUCAUGUCUUCAGCAGCUUCUUCUACAAGCAGCUCACUCGCCGAGACAAUGCCAGUGAGGACAGUACCAGCGUCUCAGCGCAGCGGAGGCGGCAUCAGCGGGUGAAGACGUGGACACGACAUGUGGACAUCUUCAAGAAAGACUUCCUGUUUGUGCCUGUCAAUCAGGAAGCCCACUGGUACCUGGUGGUGAUCUGCUUCCCUGGCCUGGAGGAGCCCCAGUGUGAGGAGGGGAGCAGCCCAGCCUCGCUGAGGGGAACAGGGGGAGAGAAGCCAGACGAGGCCCAAGCUGAAGAGGAGGCCUCUGGGUCCAAAAAGCUAAAUGGCAUCAGUGAAGUAACCCCUGAAUCAACUAGCGCUGACAACCAGGACAAACUGACAGUUACAGAUGGUGUGGUACAGAGUGAAUCAGUACUCCAGCCACCUCCUGGUCCUCUGGACUGCACUGAGAAGACCUGUCACAGAGAGACCAUCUGUAAACGACCCUGUAUUCUCCUCAUGGACUCCCUCAAGUUCUCCCUCCAUGAGCGCGUCUUCAAACUCUUACGGGAGUACCUGCAGUCGGAGUGGGAGCUGCGUCGGGGCUCUGUGCGCGAGUUCAGUUCUAAGCAGAUGCGAGGCUCCCACUGUAAGGUCCCCCUACAGGACAACAGCAGCGACUGCGGCCUCUACCUGCUGCAGUACGUCGAGAGCUUCCUGCAGGACCCUGUGGUGCACUUUGAACUCCCCCUGUGCCUAGAACGCUGGUUCCCACGGCAACAGGUGAGGAGGAAACGAGACGAGAUCAGGGACCUGGUGCUACACCUGUACAGACACCAGAGGGGUACGGUGGGGAAUAUAGGAAAUAUGGGAAAUGUAGUCAGUUAGGGCAUGGUGGGUAGUAUUAUGGCUGUGACGAUACCAGUAUCCCAAUAUUUUCUCCAUGGCAAAAAUGAAAACACGAAGCAGACCUAACACUUUGAUCCUUUAAAAACCUGCUGUAUGUAAAAUAUUGUGUUCUAUAGCUUGGAGAAUAAAUAAAUGUGUCUCUGGGUGACAACAUAAUGAUGUUUGUUUCUAACAUUAGAACUGUUUUCCUAAAGAAGUUAAAUCUGCUUUGUGUUUUGUUUCUUUGACACGAUACUAAUGAGUAUUAUCCUGGCGAUACUGGUAUUAUCCUCGCGAUACUGGUAUUAUCCUGGCCAUAGGUAGUAUAGGAAACAGGAAAUGUAGUCGGGCACAAGUGGGUAGUAUAGGAACCAUGGGAAAUGUAGUCGGGCACGGUAAGCACCUUGGCUGCAUUCCAAACACUUAACAGACACACCCUCUCCCCUCAGCCCUCAAAUUAAGUGGACACUUCUGAUGACGGGUCAUGACGUCUGGCGAGUUUACACUUGCAGGGCGAGGGAGGAAGGAAUUAAUUUUAAAUGGAGCGCCCUUGCCCUGAAAUUUGUCACUCGUUUGUCCCACAACAAUUGUGUUUUCAGCCACCAGUGGCUUGUGGGUGCUCAAUUAGGAUUUUAUGUCUACUUAUAUUAACUAUAUAAUUAUUAAUAUACGCCUACUGUAUGAUAGCUAGCAAACUAAUUAGCUAACUAAGGUUAGCCUGCGUAGCUGGAACUUCUGAAGAAGGAAAAUGUUUUAUUUCUACAAUUUCCAACAACGAACCAAACAAAAACAUCAUUACUUUUAUGAGAUGUGUUUGUGCAUUAGUAGCAUAAUUUCAAACUUAUUUUCAUUCGUUUUUACUUACACUUAUAUGUUGACUUCUCCAUAUUGACAUUAAGGUUUUAAGUUUUGGCUGAGUUUUCUUAGCGGAUGUUCAAUCAUCGCAAAUUGAAUUAUGGGGCGUUACAGGCCCGAAGUGAACAUAAUUGUACACUUGCAAACUCAAUUAAAAACAAGGGCUGAGGGGCUUACGUUUUGAACUUCCCUUGUUUGGCUAAUCGUUUGGACCGAAGGCCAAGAUGGUAACGGGGAUUCUCCCGAGGGCAUAAGGCGAGGGUAAGUGGAGGAAGGUGUUUCUUUUGUGAAUUUGAAACGCAGCCCUUGAGAUUCUGCUCAUGCUGAGCAACCAUUAAAUGUACAUUUCAGCCUGAUAUUUUAAAAUAUUAUUUCAGCUUUUAUAGUUGUAUCACUGGCCAGCUGGGCCAGUCAAAUGAUAUGCAGAUGUCUCAUGUCAACCUGUAAAUUGUCACUAACGUCAAAGGCUGUUGCAUUAAUGAUUUAAAUCUCUCCGGGGAUGAAUAUGAAGGCCUUCCUGCAGUAGCUGUAGAGUGUCUGCUUCGGUGCUUGUUUUAAGCAGAGGCAUUAAAGGGGCCUUCCACUGAAAUUCAACAGUUUAACAGGUUCUUCUUUACUUUUUCAGUGGAACGUCUCUUUAAAAAGUCUGUCCCCUCUGCACCUUAUAGAUAGGCCCUACAUCCCACCACUAUAGCCUCGUUUAACAUGAGAUCAGACUGAACAGAGUCUCACAUUUAUUAUUUUACCUGUGUUUUACUAUUUGUCCCCGAGGUGAUUUUAUUGUAACUUAUGUCAGUUAGAUUUUUACAUGUGGAUUUUGUUUCUAAAAUGUACAUUUUGAUGAAUGUGUUUUGAAUAUAAAAUGUAAUAAAUACAUUUGUAGUCUGAA